AUGCGUCAGUCAAUCUGGUUUAGCGCUCUAGCAGUGGCUGCACUCACAUUCGGAGAAUCUUAUGACCCCGAUGUCCCGGACAAGUGUGUCAUCGAGACCAUCACUUCCGAAGGGGGUAAUUGCAGGACUUACGUCCAAUGCGAGGAAACGGAUCAGCAGGGCGAUGACAUGGGCGCUUGGAAUGUCUGCUACCUAGGCGGUCGUCAGUACUUCACCCACGACGAAAUCGGCGACUGCUCUAUUACGUACACCCAAGCCGGGGGGCAGAAUGGGGUCACGGAGGAUGGUCUGCACCACCCAGUCAUCCAAUUCGCCCAGCUGGACAACUGGGAAGAAGUGAACUUCGAGGAUAUCCUGGCCAAGCAGGGCGACAAGGAGACGGGGAACCUGGUCUUAAAGAAGAAAGAAAUAGGCCCCAAGGACAUUAUCUACGAAAUCGGGAUCCCCAAGCUCGCCCGCGCCAGCACCAGCGCUUUCGGCAUUUCCCUGAUCAUGGAUGACGCCGAUAAGCCCGGCACAGCCCACGUGGUCCAGUACCAGAAGAACGAGUUUGGCACGGGCGCCAAGUAUCAGCUCGAGGCACAGAUCUUCGACGGGGCCGGCGACCAGAUCGGGCACACGGGCAAGACCGAGGUCGACGACAGCGGCUUCAUAUCGCUCGCGUCCAAGCUGCCCAACCAGGUCGUCUUCCAGGUCGGCGCCGUCGACAGCGACCCGCUGAAGGCCUGCUACGCCUCCGACUGCUGGACCUGCGAUGACGGCGACGGCGGCGCCCACGCCUGCAAUGUGGGCAAUGGCCCUAGGAACGGAUUCGAGAACGGCGACCGAGAGGGCGAUAUGGGCUUUACUUGCUAG